AAAAUGGAGAUUGUCACGCUUGUAUUAGGAUUUCUGGUAGUCUUGGCAAUUUUUCUAUGGUUUCAACGCCACGACUCCAGAUAUCCGCCAUGUCCUGUAAGGCCUCUGCCGCUGUUUGGCCAUUUGCUGUACAUGGACAAGAAUCCUCGGCCGCAGUUCAAGAAGUGGCGUAAGAAGUGUGGGGACAUCUAUAGCAUAUACAUGGGCCAACACCUGACGGUGGUUGUCAAUGGAUUUGAUUUGGUCAAAGAAACCCUGGUGAAACAUGGCGACGUGACCAUUGAUCGACCAGAAGUGUUCUUCGAUGCGGUAAGACUUGCGUUCAGCAGCGGUGCUGUCUGGAAAGAACAACGAUUGGUUACGUCAAGCAUCAUGCGUACACUAGGCAUGGUCAACAAAAAUAUUCUGGCCGAAAGAGUCACGGAAGGUGUAGCCAUGACCAUCGACAAUUUGGUCAGUCUGAAAGGAAACCCAACUGACCUGAGUGACAUACUGAUCUUAAACCUGGUGAACAUCAUUUGCGCCAUAACACUUGGCCACAAGUUUAACAUCGACGACGAGGAGUUCAUCAACGGUUGUAACAUGUACAGGGCUAACAUUCUGAAAGGAGGCGCUAGCAACCUAGCUAAUUACUUCAAAUUCUGGUCGUACCUGCCAGGAGAUCUCUUCGGGGCGAAAGUGAUAGAAGAAGGCUCUCGAUACUUCAUGACAAAGUUUGUAGUGCCUUUCAUUCGACAGAAAGGCUACGACGAAUAUGACGAAAGCAAUUUAGAUAACUUCAUUGCUAGAUACGUCUACGAGUGGAAGAAAAAACAGGCGUCUGGAGAACCUACAACCUUGAGUGAUAACAAUUUGAAAAAGUUAGUAUACGAUUUACUAGGCGGUGGUUUGGAAACCACUUCUACAAAUCUACUGUGGUUUAUUUUGAUACUUCUUCACUAUCCCCAGCUACAGGACAGAAUCUACAAUGAAAUCGACAGAGAAAUAGGAGUGGAACGUAUGCCUAAAGUUUCCGAUAAGGACCAGUUACCAUUUCUGAACGCGUUCAUUCUAGAAUCACAGAGAAGUACCAGCAUCGUGCCACUUAACCUUCCUCGUAUAAGCAGGGCUAACUUCACCAUCGGUGGAUACUUGAUUCCCAAAGGCGCACAGAUAGUCCCUUCUCUAGAUUCCAUCUUAUUCGAGAAGAAGAUCUGGGGAAAAGAUGCAAAUGUAUUUAAACCUGAGAGAUUUCUGGAUGAAAAUGGACAAGUGAAAUGUCCCGAACAAUGUGUUCCUUUUUCUAUGGGAAGACGUGCUUGUCCGGGCAGCCAUAUUGCGCAAAUGGAAAUGUUUUUAUUUCUAGCAUCUAUGGUCCAGAGAUUUAAAUUCCUGCCAGAUGAAAGUGCACCAUUGCCCUCCUUGGAUCCACACAAGGCUGCUUUUGGCUUAACAGCUAUUCCGCAUCAAUACAAAGUCAGAGUUGUGGAUAGGAAAGCAGAAUAA